AUGGCAACUCAAUUGGUGCUCAAACCGAGCCCUCGACCAGAGGAGAAAGAUGUUCCAUCGAAGAUGAAGGUGAAACCCGCGACUGGCGAGGUUACCAACCCAAUCAUCUCAAUCCCGGGACAAAUUCUCUACGAUAUCCAUACUCUCUACCUCUUCACCAGAAGCGACCUCAAAUCGAUCGUCCUCCCUCAAGCGCUCUUCUCGAUUGCCUGCGCCAUGUCAGCAGCACCUCUGACGCAGAGUAGCCCCAUGAGCAUUGCAGACGUUGCUCGGCGGGUACCGUUCGUCGUCGGGUGGACUUGGAUCCAUCUGUUAGUGGAAAACAUCGAGAACCAGAGGAGCGAGCAUUCAAUCAUCGAAGACCGCGUCAACAAGCCUUGGCGAUCAUUACCAUCAGGCCGGUUGACACCCGGUCAAGCACGAACAUGGCUUCUCUGGGCGGUUUGCGUGGCUUUGCUUACGAGUGCAGUCCUGGGUGCUCUCAAGCCUAGCGUGGUAUUGCUGGCUCAUAUCUGGCUGUACAAUGAUGCAAGUGUGAGGGUAGCAGAUACGCUGUCUGGAUCCGCAACGCUUUCAACGCCGGAGGAAUUAUGUGUUUCAGCUGGGGAGCCCUGUCCGUACUCACCAGCCCGCAAAGGGAGCCAGCGUCAUCUCUACGGUUCCUGA